GAGCCUUCUAUAGAAAUUGACAACAACCAAACAACAAAGUCUUAUCACGACGAGCAGCUGGUUUCAGAAACGUCCCUUAGUAGUGACUGUGAAAUGAAAGCUGAAGCUGCAUCAGGAAAUCCGACUAAGAUAUCCACGAAUACAGACUCUCAGUCUCAUAAUAGCCGUAAGCGUAAAAUGUCAGAAUUCUCUUGUAAUCCAGGUAUGCAAAAAUAUGAGUUGUUUCUCUUGCUAUAGACCUUGUUACGGUUUUCGACGCCAUCUUGACGAGUAGGCAAACGUGGGAGAAAUUACAGUGUUUGUAUGAGAAUCCAAUGUCGAUUAAAUUCCUUUAAACGGCUGUUCUGAAAAAAAUUUCAGUUGUAAACUUAAGCUACAAAGCAAAGGAUUAUCCUAAAUUUUUUGGGAGUGUACCUAUGCUUAAAUUUCUCUAGAGGCUUGCUUUAGAUGUUCCAUAUAUUUGUCCUACAGACAAACCAUCCACAAGCAUCUGUUAGAAGACAUUCCCUUCACAACUCAAUAAAUACAGUACCACAAGUGAAGAGUAAAACAAUAUGUUUUUCGUCUCUCACCCAUAUUUUCGACCGUGUUAAACGGCCUUCAUCAGGGUCCUACAGACAAAUGUAAAGAAAAUUUUAAAAAGUGGUUCUAGGUCUUCUUGCUCAUGUAACGCCCUCGAUUUUUUUCAGUAGCAUCCUUAGGAGUGAAGCUUUAGUUUACAAUUCAUAUUUUUUUCAGAACAGCCGUUCUACGGAAAUUAUUCCACAUUAGAUUCUCAUACAAACACUGUCAUUUCUCACGCGCUUGCCAACUUUUUUAAAACAGUUUUUAUUGAAUUAAAAACACGUUUUACAAUGUUAUUUGCCUACUCGUCAAGAGAUGGCGUCGAAAACCGUGACAAGGUCUAUUGCUCACAAGUACACUACUAUAUCUAAAGGGGGGAAGUGAUUGUUAGAUUAUUCAAAGGUACUUUUUCCUACAGGACUUGUUACCGUUUACGCUCAUACUAUACUAGUGUAUUAUUGAUAAUAGUAAAACUUAUUCGUGCCGAUAUCAAUAGUCUCUUAAUAGUCGCCAUUUUCAUCAGCGGUUAUAAAAAAAAAAGAAUUUGAAUAAAUGAUAUGUGAAUAAUAAUUAAUAUAUAAAAAAUUAAGAUGUAUCGAACACUUAAAUCAUAUAAAUUACUUUGGGUACUUUAACUGUGCAAACGGCAUAAAACCUACUAAAAACGAGUAAAAAAUUACAUCAAAUUACAUGCAUCGUAAGAGCUUUCUGGAAUGAAAUGUCUUGAGUGCCUUCUUAAAAAUGACAACUGAGGGGCUUCUCCAUAUCGCAGAAAGAAACAAAUUCCAAAGUUUGGGUGCAGCAAAAGCAAAAGAGCGAUCUCCUAAUGUGGUUUGAGUCCUGUCUCCACCAUACCAGUAAAACGUAUCUUAGUGGCAAAUAUUUUCAAAAAUAUGUGCGAACAGGUUCUGCAAUAUCUUUCAUCGAAUUGCUAUAAAUGUUAACGUUCCAUUGACAUUCAAGUAUGUAGCUAAUAUUGUGAAUCUGUGAUAACGCCCUAACCAAGUUGCCUUGUGGAGGCUUGGAUGAGGUUUUUAAACCUCUUUGCUAUGGUUGAGGUUCCUGAGUAGACAUCCAGUAAUGAUGAUUACCUUGACGAGAGCCGUCUCUUAAGUACAAGUACUUCAAGUGAGGAUAGCGGAAUCAUUUUUAAAGACGUUUAUGCUCUCCAAGAUAGGUAGUCAUGAAGGUGCAUCUUCCCUGAGGAAGGAACUUCGCAUAACAGUAAACAUUAUAUUAACAACGUACAUUUGUUUAAGUAGGUAAAGAAAUAGGUGUUAAUUUAUUGUGCGUACUGAAUCUUUUGUCAUAGCUUAAAAAACGUGUAACUUUCCCGUUAUUGAUUUUCAGACUCUGUUCUUACUUCUGCCUUUAUCGAAGUUAUAGUUUCUUCAAAUGCCCAAGAAUUAACUGUUGAACAGCAAAGAACGAUAACGAAAGAAUUAGAGCAGUUGGUUCAUAAGUACCGAAGACACCAAGAUCUUUCGUCAUUGCCAUUUGAUAGUAGUGUAGCCCGCCUUACUAAGUAUAUCGAAAAGGCUUAUGAAGUGGCCGUAAUGAUGGUAAAAACAGGAUCUUUGAUUAUAACUGUGCAGUGCCCCACUCUGGAGAGUCUUGAAAGUCUGUGGAAUGGUUACUGUUCUGGUUACCUUAAUGACGUUGUUGAGAGUUUCCUGGUGACUGAUGAACUGAAGAGAAAGCUGGGGUUGGACAAUGUCAGGUUGAAGACAACUAUAGAAGAAGAAAAUUACUUAAUUUGCAAGAAGGCGUUCAUGGAAAACUCAGGUUAGUUGGAAAGUCUCGAUAGAGCCUGUUUUGGGGAACAUGUAUUUUGGCUUGUCAGAUGUGCCAAAAACAAAUAGAUCGCAAGUGGGUGAAAUUGUUGGCUGGAACUUUUUUUACUCGCGGCCCGUAGGUUUGAUAGUGCAAUAACCCACAAUCGGCGACAAAAUGAGUUGAGACACUUCGCCCAAAAGUGGGCUUUUUUACGUUUUAUGAACUUCAAAAGGAGGAAAUAUAGCUUUCCUCCCCCAUCCCCUCCGUGCAAUGUUGUGCCCUUGUUCUAGCUACCUAUAGAAAACAACAAACACUCCAACUUUGAAUAGAGGGGACAGGGGAGGGGUGCGGAUUCUUUUGUUCUCCGAAGUCACCCUAUUUAAGUACAAUGUCUCAACAAUUUUGUCGCCGAUUGCAGCUAAAUGUUACCGCCUUGGCUGUUCACAAUAACAAUUACGUAGGUGCUGAGAUUUUUUCUACCAGGCCCUUGGCAUGUCGUGCACUACUUUACUAGUAAAUAAAGGGGGUAUUCAGAGACUAAUGGAGGUCAACAACAAUCAGUACAUGUCCCUAGUUGGCAGGAUUAGGCUGCGUGCAAACGGACGCAACAUUGUUGUCCACCAACUCCCAACAUUGUUGGAUGUUACAUGUUGCACACCCUGUUGUAUGUUCUUGGAUGUUGUUGUGUGUUGUUGUGCAAAGUUUGAAACCGGUCAAACUUUUCAGCCGACAACUCCCAACAUUUCUUUUGUUCCGUGAUCGCCGAAGCGUAGCACAACAAUGUUGGAUCCAUUUGCACAGCUCUUCCAACAUUGUAGGGGCCACCCACGCUCAUUACGCAUGGUUUACAAAGACUUAUGGGUUGUAUCCUUCCCACGAUGCACUGUAGGUCCCAACAAUGUUGGGAGUUGUUGCAUCCGUUUGCACACCACUGCCAACACGGACGCAACAACUCCCAACAUUGUUGGCGCAACAAUGUUGGGAGUUAUUGCGUCCGUUUGCAUGCAGCCUUAGGAUUGCAGUGGAGGGAGCAUCUUCUCAAAGUACUCGUCACUCGUGUUCUUGUUCCUGUUUCAUCUGACUCAGCUGCACAGCUUAUGUGGCGUGCACAACGGCCUUUCUUCCCACAGCUACAGAACUUUAGAAAGUAGAAAUUUAAACAUAAAGAAUGACUAGAAAGAGCCGUAUUGUUAUUUAUACCUGAGACAAAUCGGAAGUGCCAUCUGUCUGAGGCGGACAUCGUGAAUUAAACGAUCAUUAAAGCAUUCCCCGAGGGUGUCCGCUCGAGUUCUACAGGCAGUUACAACUGGUAUCUUGUUUUUGACAUAUUUUUACUAGGAGUAGCAAGUAUCACCGAAACUUCAUUUCAAACAGUUGAUUCAGGUCAGGUAGAAGAUACAAGGUGGAGUGAAGCAAGCUCAGAUGUUGAGAAAGUAAGAUUUUCUUUGGGAACUGGUGAAACGGGAAGAUGUUAUUAGGCAGUUAUGUAAUUAGAAUUAUAUAUAGGGUUUGCAUCUCGUAAUUUAUGAUAGUAAACUGAAGUGCAAUUUUAGUUAUUACUGAUAAAUAAGAAAAGGGUAAAUGCGAAGGGUCGCCAGUUAGUUUUAAAUUGGCUGGGAUUGUACCAAGCGAAUACCAAAAGUGACACAAUACAGUUUUUAUUUAUUUAUUUAUUUAUUUAUUUAUCUAUUGUCAUCACAGGACAAGAUCAGGUCCGGACACGUAUGGCCAGACUAUUAAGAUACAUAGUGUAGUGUCCGUCGUUGUGUAAUCAAACAAUUAAAACACAAGUGCGAUGUUGUUAGUGACUUGUAAGUAAAUAAUACUCGGCAGAGUGAUACUGUGGGAUCUCACGGGCUGAAUUUAAUGGCUAUAAUUUAUUCAUUCUUUCGUGAAACAGGAAAAGACGGGUCGAAAGAUUCUCGUGCGCCGGCGUAAUUCGCUUGCUCUUACUAGUUUAUCUUGAGAGACCCUGAAGGGAUUUUUUUCACUCCUAGUUAGUUUGAAGACUAUUUCAACGUUUUCAAAAUUAAGGCACAAUCCAGCUAUAUCGAAACGUUGUUGGCAUACUUUUAACGCUUCCAAAGUUAUGAUGUCAUGAGAUCAUAACCUAUGCAAUUAUUUUCGUUGUGUGUAGCGUAGAGUAUAUGCUACUCGCUACUGGUUUUUGUUUCAUAAAAAUUUCAAAAGCUAUCUCGUUUACUCAAUGGUACAUCAAGUCACGUUCUACCAGCCAAAUGCAACUAGUCUUUAUUACAUCCUGCAGAUCGUCCCGUUGCCGAGUCCCGGUCGGAGACCUUCUAAUUCUGGCUCAGAAUCACCAAAAGAGCGCAAAGAAGAAAGCGAGGUAAGUUAAGAACGUUUGGGAAGGUUGUACUGUUUUAAACUAUGUAACUGUUACCAUGUGUUUGUUACAAAGAGUGUGCUUCUAGAUUGGCUCGUACAAAGUCACGUGGAACUAUUAUUAUGCCGUCACUGAAAACCAUCUUGUCGGUAAAAUUUGGUGAGAAUAUUUUACCUCUUGCAUAAAGAAGAUUAAUAUGCUUUUGACAAUUAAAUUGUUUAGUCUGCGGGGCACACCGAUCUAUGGAUGAUUUUAUAAGGUAAAAUUUUGCCUGUGCUACAUCUUUAAAAAUGCUUAUAUCUCGGCUUUUUUAGCGUCUAUUUUGAUGAAACUUUACAGAGACAUUGAGGAAUGAUGGAAGUUUAAGGUGGUUGUUUUUUAUUUGGUAGUUCGCACCUUAAGACAAUGCUUUAAGCCACAGUGUUACACCAAAUUGGGAAAUCGUGAUUUUGUGUCCAAGUUUGCGAAAAGAAUAGAAGACAGCACUCUGAGAUUUUAUUAAUAAAUGAUCAGUCAAACCCUCUAGUGUGUCAUGUAGAGAGCAGGUUUUUCAAUUUAAAGGUUGCUUGCAAGAUAUAAUCGUUUAAAUAAGCAAAAUCUGUCAUCCCUGAAAUUAACGCCUUAUAUCUUUUUUUAUAUCUUCUAUUAGCUCAAUACAUUUUUAAAUUAUUAUUGACUGAUUGAAUACGAGCUACUUACACAACAUGUACAUUACCACAUCUAUAUCAAUAAAGAACUACUACAAAUAUACAAAAGAUUCUACCUACAUACAAUGCUAAUGCAACUAUUACUACUAUUACAAAAAUAAGAAGCAAGAUGUAUUUUAAAUUCCCACCACCACGGUAGAAUAACUGAGAUUUUUCCCAUUUGCAUUGCUAGUCGGCGACUGUGUAUUUUGUGUCUUUCCUGACUGGUGAACAUAACUGGCUUUAUUUUAAAAAUUGUGAAGGAAGGAUAAGUGCAUUUAUAGCAAAACCAGGCUUAAGCAAAUCCGUUUGUUUUGAUUGGUUCUUUCUCGUCCGGAUUUUGCAGUACGGACCGUUUCCAACGGUCAAAGCCGUGUAUUUUUGUUUUGGAGCAUUUUAAUGCUCCAAAACAUUUUAAUGCUCCAUUUUAAUGCUCCUUUUAGCUUUUUCUGUGGCAAUUUCAAAAUUUGCAACCAAAACGGCGAAAUAGAAUGUGAAUAUUGUCAUUCUUCAUAGCGAAACUACCAGAAAAAGCUAAAAGGAUUGAAAUUUUAGUGAGAUUUCAAAGAUGGUUACGAAGAAGAACAUUCUCCGAGAGAGGUCAGUAAUAUCCUGAACAUCUGGAAACUGUUGAUGCAGAAAAUGAAAAAGGCAUCGCCGAAAGCCAGGGGGCCAAAGACGAUUUUAUCAACCAACAGAAAAGUGCAAACACAAACAAGAAGACUUCUACUGAUAUGAACACUUUACUCCGCUACAUCGAAGCUAAUGGUAUGAAAAAUGAGAAAAUUGAAAGCUUACCCGCGUCCGAGCUUAACCACUUCUUGUCGAAAUUUGUUUGAACGCACGGAGGCAAAACGGAGGAGAAUAAGAGCCGGCGACAGUUUCCAGUUUUCAGCCCAGUAUAAGCUUACAGCGAUACUUAGAAGAAAUACCCAUUUAACAUCCUAAGGACAAUGAGUUCGAAAAAUUAAAAAAGUCCUUGUAGCGAAGCGAAAGUCGCUUGUUCUGACAUGAUCACGGCAAAGGAAACAAACCGCAAGCUGCUCAGGACAUCGACGAAGACGAAGAGGAUGCCCCUUUUUUUUAAUUUUUAAUUUGGCGACCCCAAUCCAGUUGCGCUUGGAAGAACUGUGUGGUGGUUUUUAUACAACACUUCGGUCUCCGAGCAAGAGAAUAUCAGUCAAGCGAUCCGUUACUGUCUUCCACCGCUCCAGUUUUUACAGGUGCAAACUAAACAUAGGAUCCAUCGGCAAUUGCACAUUCCAAAUAUUUCAUGGUAAUGUGGAAAUUGUCCAGAAUGAAAGCAAGCGUCGAAUUGUUAUCGAUAGCGAUGAGGACGAUUGACUUUGAAGCUAUGUUUGUCAACUAUGUCCAGUUUCAAACUUAGACUUUCACUUGACACUGACUUGAUCCAUAUUUCAAUCAAGAAAGUAUCGUUUGAUCGACAAAAAACCGUUCCUCGAAUUUUAGAAUCAACAAUUGCUUUUGUCAGAUUCCGUUACAAAGCGUUUUUGAAGUUUUGUUUAAGCUAAUUUAAGACGAUUUCACAAUCAAUGAAUUUGUUUUUCGAACUCGUGGUAGCUUGCUUUUGUCUGAGUUGCUCGCGUUAUGAAGAAUACGUCACGGAAGCCACCGGAAGUGCAUUUUACUAUCAGAAGCCGAGUGCCAUAUAAUAAACAACUUACUAACCGAGCUUCCUCGAGCUGUACUGGGGAAUAUUGGCCCUCAGUCGUGGCAGUACGAACCGAGCGCAGCGAGGUCCGUAAUGCCACGACUGAGGGCCAAUAUUCCCCAGUACGAAUAACAUGUGAUUAAUAAACAAGUAAUAUUUUUUCCUUUGCCAAAAUCCAAAAGUAUGACGCUGUUUGAAAUGUCCCUUAAGGUGAUUCCCUGGUUUUGCACUGCGCAUCUCUUACUGCGCAUAACAAGAUGGCCGCCGUAAAAAAGAGCAUGUGAAGUAACAUUAUCAAAAUGAAGUUGACUGAAGAGAAACGCUAUUGGAAUUUUUGCUUGCGGUUGUUUCUUGCCGAGGUGAGACUCAAUGUGUUGGGAAUGUGCAUAACGUAAGCAGUACGUGUAUUGCUGAGUUUGACUUCCUCACGGAGAACGUUUAACUUGUGCUUACUCACUUUGAUUUCCAUUUAAACGCUUUCUUUAUCACAUUGUGUCCUAAAUGUGAUAUCUCCAUGUAAAUUCUGUAAAGACGGAUUUUUUAAUACUUUCUUCCCCCUUUCUCACACAUUCUAUUUUGAAACUCGCCCCAGUCCUCUCUCGAAAAUCGGAGAAAAUGCAUUUGGUGCGCACUUUCCGCAGCUCUACCGCAAAAACGAGUACGGUGACCCCCUUUUUUAAAUUCAUGAUUUUAAUAAGGACAGUGCUUCCUUUCGAUGAGAAAAAAAAUUGGCACAAAUCUAUGUUACCAAAUUGUACGGAUUGAGCUAUCACGGGUCGAAUAGCGCGUGUCCAAUUUAAUUCUACUUUGGAGCGUAAAGUAAAAACAAGGCAUUAAAUGGCAUUUUUCUGGUACGUAAGUGGAUAAACAAUACACUAAAGUCAAAUUCUCUGCGAUACCACAUGCAUCAUUGAAAAAAUCUCUCCUUUUUGUCUAGUUUUGGGUUGCGCGCGGUUUUUGUCAAAGGGUCCUAAAUAGCCGUAUUUGUCAGCAUUGUGAGGUCAAAACGAGCACGGUGACCCCCACUUUUUAUUACAUUUUUAUCAUCUUCUUGAUUUGUUACAUCAGUGUACCAAGUUUUAUCUACAAUCUAUGUUAGGUUCUUUUACUGAGGAAUCACCUUAAGAUUAUGUUCAGUUCAUUAGAUCAAGUAAUGAAGUCCGACCAGAAACUGCUAGUAAAGGAACAUAUAAUGAACAAGACGCUAUCGAAGCGUACACUUAGGCGUCGUUGUUAGGGGGAUUUUUUGGUGUGUCAGGUACGCGUAAGUGUCGUAGUGUUGUUAAUUGGGUUAGUUGAGAUGGGUUAAAAAGGAAACGAGGAGUCAUGGUGUACGUUUCUUGGCAACGUUUCUUCAUCGUUACAGCAAAUCAAAUUGUUGGUAAGUGAAGGAACCUGGAAUAUUUAUAGGAUCUAAUAAAAUGAGAAAGGGAUGCCUGCGGAUCGAAACGCACCAAUGGAUAUCGCCCUUUAGAAAAAAACAUUUUAUUUCAGCUAAGGAGGGUCAGUAGAAUAGAAACCUACAUGAACGAAUGUCUGGGAUGCAAGAAUAUGUUUCAGUUCGCUACACGCGAAGUGCCUUGAAUUCGGUGAAAAUUAACAGACUACAAUAUUUUGAACAGUGAAUCGCACUGAUGUAGCAUUUUCUGUCAUUUGGGAUCAAUGCUGCUAAUUUUGCCCAAUAUUCUAGCCGGAGUUUUGAAAACGGUACCAGCAAAUGGACCUUUUGUGUCGAACAGUUUUUCCCGACCAAAAACUCUAAAGUAGCUAUUAUAAAAGCUAAAAGUGCAACAAUUGCUUUUUCUCUUCGAUCUCCUCCUUUCUUCCUCCUCGCUCUUUCUUUUUCUCCUUUCCUCUUUCUUUGUUAGUGUGAUUUUGGAGCUUAUUGGGCCCAAGAAACCUGCCUUUUGACGCCUUUUCACUCAAAUUUCUUUAGAUUGAUUUCCAAGAAAUCGGCUAGAUAUUAGUAAAAGUGAAAACAAAUCUCUCAAGAAGAGGAAACGCCAUUUAUUCAUUGGAAUAGAAUAGAAAUAGAAUGGUUUAUUGAAUACCUUACUAGAAGUAAGGACUGAAUUGCUAAGGUUUACAAUUUAUAGAAAAACGUUAUGAAAUAUGAUUACAAAAAUGCUUAUACCUGGAUUUUUGAAAACCGGGUUAGUAAAUAAAUCAACUCAUUCUACUACUUGGCAAUUUAAAGGCCCAUUAAAAAUCUUUAUUAUUCAUUCAAAAUAUUUCCCCGAUUCUGAUUGGCUAAAAGCACACGCGUAAUUCACCAUAACCAGCUACUGAUGACCAAAUUUGGAAGAAUUCUGCGAUUAAUCAACCGAUGACGUCAAAAGUGCAGCUUCCUUGCAGGUUAAUGCAGCCUUAACCGAGAAGACCUGGGGACGAGGUUGAGUUGUUUUGGUUGUGAAAACAACAAUGGCGAACAUUUCAUUCGUUUCAAGAGUAAGAACUGGGCGAAAUAAUAGCUGAAAACAUGGCAAAAACAGCAAGAAGAGAGCUCGAAGGGCGACAUAUGCUAUUUGAAGAAUAUUUGCGGAGCUGAGCAACCCUAAACGUGCACUAAGAAGAUGAACUUAACAUCGAUGGAGGUAAGCAUGUUUUAGCUAUGUUUUUAAACUAGGAAUUGUUUUGAAAGAAUAAUAAAACAAUUAUUGAAUUCGGCUUUCGUAUCAUAUGAAGAAUUAUGGAGAUCUCAGAGGGUGUUAUCCGCCUAGGGCCUACGGCCUCGACGGAUAACACCCUCUCGAUCUCCAUAAUUCUUCAUAAGAUACUCAGCCUCUUCAUUAAUUGUUUUAAAAUUAUCUGACGCCGGGCAAUAAGUUAAUGGUCCCUAGAAACAUUUCAACAAGUCAAAAUUAAAAAAAAAAAAUUUAAAACAUUUAUUCGGUAAUCUGACUCCGUGAAGUUUCAAACCGGUGUCAUUUCAGUCUAGAAAAUUUUAAUUUGAGUGAAAUGCAGCCAAAAAGUGCCUUGUUAAGGCUUACAUGACAACUUAAAUAGUUAGCAAAAAACUUUUUUUCGCAGACCGAUAAAUGACAGGAUUCCGCAUGGAAAAGACAACAAACUGAUAAUCACCCUCUUGUCUGGAAAAACCGGCCUAUGGUUCAAUGCCAAGAGCGCACUGAAACUACUGGACUACAUCCAAUUUUCCUGAGUCGAGAAUUGGUUUUCCAAGGCACAAUCAGCUAAGCUAAACACAGACGAAACGUUUUUGUGGCUGGCACAGAAUAUUUUGGUGCAAUAGCUCUUCGAUGACUUCGCCAGAAGUAAAAGCAAAAAUCACCACCAGCGAUGUAAAUAAACUUAGCAUUGAGGACAUUCACUGCAAGUUUUGCGAACUGUAAGCUUAUCUCCAUGCGCUCCCUCUUCAAGCGAAGAUUUCUUUCAGAUUCAAGAUCUGUUGAUUGUCUGAUCUUUCUUCCAUAUGCUAGCAAAAGAUCCAAGUUUAAUUUUCCGCCACUGAUUUCCGUUGAAAGCCCCCGUGAAUGCUAUUGCCUCACUCUUCGAAGUUAUUAAACCGAGAAAACAGCGAAACUGUCAGCUGGAAACAAACCUAUUCCUCGAAUCUCUCAUUCAGUUGGUCAGACUCGCGAGCAGCUCAAUUCUAUCGACUGAAGUGGUUGCUGUACACAUACGGAGCCUAAUGUAGUAAGAUCGAAAGAGUUUUCCUAAACAAGAACGCAUCGAAGUGGGAGGAAAGGGAACAUUGUUUGAGCAGGGUUCUUUCAAGAAAUGUGUCAUGCUGCGUGUACUGAGUUAAGGAAAUGAAAAACGUCACAAAGCAAUUGUCUUGUGUUCUUGGUAUAUUAAUCAGGCCACAGGAACAUAGCGUUGUAAUGGCGGAAGAAAAUUAAUGGUUUUUGAGCGCAAGAAAAGACCACUUUACUUAAUUUUGUAUGAAGCUAUAAUUUGCACACCGUGUACUUCAAGUACUAAACUGCCGAUCUAGCGAAAAAAAAUGGUAGUCAAGGACUUGAUCGUAGUAGCACUUUAAUGUUCUUGCUUAUGUUGGGCCAGAACAAACCCUCUCUUGCCCUGCUGAGACAUUUUUCCACCCCUAGGUGACUGCCAUGAAUUUUCUCAAGCAUUUCAUCUCGUAAACUAUAUGGAGUGAUAAGACGAUCAACUUUCAUUAACAGUCCAUCGCUAAUACACAGUUCAUCUCUAAAGUUCCAGUAACCUUGUAAUUCUGGCUCCACUUCUGACCUGUUCUCAGGCCAGCCUGUUAAAAUCACUUUCUUCAGUUUCGGUAACACUGGAUCACUGCCCGUUUCUCUCUUAAACUCAUCAGCCUUUUCUUUUGAAAUUUGUACAAGCAAGUGGACGUCAAACUCAUCUGCCUGUGAUGUAGACUCCAACUGACUAGCACAGCUAAGAGUACUGCAAUGUGCAAUUGGUCACCAGGUCUGUACUUGACUAUCAGGUCGUACCGUUGUACACGAAGCAUCAUUCGCUGAAUGCACUGUGGGGCCAUACACAAUGGCUUCUUGAACAAACUCUCUAGAGGUUUGUGGUCACUUUCUACCAAACCUGUACUGUGCUGUACUGUACCGGUGCCAAAGACAGCAGCCAACAUUUCCUUUUCUAUUUGAGCAUAAUUUCGCUCGGCACUGUUCAGUGAUUUUGAUGCUUAGACUACUGGUUGGUCCCCUUGCAGCAAACAGGUAGCCAGACCAUGCAUAACAUAACAGCUAUUUUCUCCAUAAACAUUUCGUAUCCUUCUCAUUCGUCAGGGUUGCGGCCACGUUCCAAUAUGUCUCUUACUCAAGCCCUGAGCGGCUCACUAGGAUAAUUAAGAGUUGCUCUAAGUUAAGCUCAAAGGGUCUCACAGACUACUCAGCGUGUCUCUAAGUUUAAGUAUAUGUCGAUGUGAACAACUCUAAUGACUCACCACAAUGUUGAUGUGAACAACUCUAAUGACUCACGACAAUGUUGCUUAAAAUUAACACCUUUUUAUUAAACGUAGUUAAUGUGCGUGUUGUUCUUUCGGCGUCCAAUAUAAUGCUUUCAGCUCUCUUCUACAUUCGCAAGACUCUUUCUUGCAAUUCCUUACUGCAAGAUGACCAGAUUGGACUGAGGUCCAACAUAACUGGCUUUAUAACAGCAAGAUAGAAAAUUAACUUGUGCCUUUGCUUGAGAUAAGGACUACUAUGCCUCAGAAGCCCAAGUCGUUUUGACAGCUUCUUACAUAAUUCAUCUAUGUGUGUUUCAAAGCUAAGAUCUUUAUCAACGGAUCAAACCCAAAAGGUUGAGUUUGAUCGUCCGGGUGAACGUAGUCCUGAAUAGGACUGUUGUUGUUGAUAGUGACUGACGUUUCGACAACUUGUGUGGUAGUCAUCUUCAGAGUCAAAGUGAGUUGUAUUACGUCAGUUGAUGGUAUUAUGCUCUGGUUAUUGAUCUGAUUGGUCAAUUAUGUCGCGAUGUUAUUGGUCGUCUGUCAGUUAAGCCGUGA